AUGUCCCACAGAGCCCUGUUCACAAACUGGUCUGCCUCUGACCAAAGAGUGUUCGACAUACCUGGCCUUUCUCCUGCCAUGAUGCAGCUCAUUAUUGAGUUUGCCUACACUGGCUCAGUGUGUGUGACCAGUGACAAUGUCCAGGAGCUUUUGGUCGCUGCCGAUCAGUUCAACAUUAUGGAUAUUGUAAAAGCCUGCUGUGGCUUCCUGGAAAAAGAGCUUUCUCCAGAGAACUGCAUCGGCAUCUGGCAGUUAACCAAAAUCAUCCUCUGCUAUGGACUGGAGGAGAAGGCUUAUCGCUACAUCACUGAUCACUUUGAGGAGGUAGCUUCCCACGAGGAGUUCCUGGAGCUGUCUCUGCAGGAGCUUGCAGACUUCCUGGAGAAAGACGAACUCAAUGUGAAACAUGAGAAGACCACGUUUGAGGCUGUUGUUCACUGGAUUAACCACAGACAGGGAGAACGGGAAGAGCACAUCAGUGUACUUUUGCCAAAGGUAAGUAGGCCUUGGGGGGUUCCCAUAACCACACAGAAUGAAAAAACUACUACCAUUGCAUUUUGGUGGUUGUAAUUAUGAGCAAAAGAACUUGUUUUUGAGGGAAAAACUGAACAAAUGAUGGAUCAUAAUUAUGCAUCACAAGGGCUUCUUGUCCUUGAAAGCCACCAUCACUUCACCAAUGGACGGGGUGAGCAAGGGAGCAUUUAAAUCCAGAAUCUGAUGGCUAGGUACCAUUAAAGCCUAAACACUGUACCCUAAAAGUCCAGUAGGUAUUAGGGCAUUUUUACAGCAGUUAAAUUAGCCCCGAAACAAAUCUGCAGGUUUGUGUUUUAUGUUUGUGGCAGCUCUACCCGGCCUCUAUCAUUUCCUGGCCUCAGAUUUCCUGAAUCAAGUCAGGACAGCCACAACCUUAUCUAACAUGGAGAAGGUGUUAGCACCUUUGAGACUCUGGGUACAUCUCAAGUUUCUUCUUUGAAGUUUUAGAGGCUGUCCCAAACCUGCCAACUCGCAGACUAUCCCACAGCUCUUUUUUUUUUUUUCAAAGAAAUCUCUUCCUGGUUUCUCUCCAGGCAUCCUUUAUGAAGAUAUACUUGCUUUUUUUAGCUUUGCAUACACAACUGACUGCAUUAUGAAAUUAACUGUGCACUAAUUGACACUUAGCAUUGCACUCAGCAUGUUAAAGCAGGAUAUGUUAGAGGGCACAGCAGAGCUCAGGUUGUAUGCAACCAUCAGAUUCAGGGAUGUAAAAAUGACAUAGCAGAAGUCACAGAGGAAGUCACUGUUAAUAUAUUUUUAAACAUAAAUUGAACCGAUCUCUUAUCCAGCUGUUUUGACUGGGAUGUUAGCGACACAUUGUGCAGAUUUGGAGACUUGAUAUUCAAGUCUCUCUGAAACAUGUCCUGUCACUGUUGUUCCUCCUGCUGUGUUGACUGUCACAUCCUUAUAUCUACACUGCUCCCCCUCAUUUAUGUGCAUACUUCCUCUCCCGCCUGUGUCCUGUAAAUUUUUUAAGAAUGUGCAAAGUCGACAUGGUGAUCAGACACAGAAAUAAUGUCAGAUAUCGUAAACCAACUAUCAAACACAGCCACUGUGGCAGCCAUGGAUGUGGAACAAAUGAAAUCUGCUCCUGCAUCUGUAUUAGAAAGUGUUUCAUGCUGCAUAUAAAAUGGAAAACAUACAGGUUCCUAAGUCAUGUGCACUCAAACAUCCAAAUCCAAGGUAAUGUGAGAUCAAUCCCUCAUCUAUUAGAAAUCACAUUUCAGUUGACAAUUUCUCAUUUUGUCUGUGUAGGUCCGUCUGUCUUUGACGAGUGUGGAGUACAUCAUCAGCUGUGUCAUGCCCAAUGAGCUAGUGAGAAACAACGCUCACUGCAUGCAGGAGCUUCGUGGCUUGGCACAAAUCACUGAGAGUGGACCCCCUGAUUUCUUUAACCCCUAUAUCUGCCCUCGCCUGCCUCCCGCCAUCCUGUUGGCUAUAGGGGGCUGGAGCGGUGAUGGUCCGACCAAUGGAAUCGAGGCGUACGAUGUCCGAGCCAACCACUGGCACAAUUUUACAGACAAUUCAGAGCAUCCUCGAUCCUUUCAUGGCAUAGCCUACCUCAAUGGAAGUGUCUACUGUGUCGGUGGAUUAUACCGGUUGGAGCAUUUCAACAGCGUUCGCCGGUGGGACUUGAGCACAUAUACCUGGCAUGAAGUAGCGCCGAUGUACUGCCGAAGGGGCUUUGUUAGUGUUACUGUGCUGGAUGGGUGGAUCUAUGCCUUAGGAGGGUUUGAUGGUCAUACAAUACUCGAUACUGCUGAGCGUUACAGGCCAGAGACCAAUCAGUGGAGUUUGAUUCCACCCAUGAAUGAGCGGAGGAGCGACGCUGACUGCACGACACUGAAUAACAAGGUGGGUGAGACAGAAGAGCACUGA